GUUCUUAUACUGAAACAGAAACCUACCAAGGUACUGCAGAUAGCAUUACAGAAGAAUCUACAAAGUGCAAUCAAUGUCUCUUUAUUAUUACUACCGGAAAGUUUUCAUGAAGAAGAACUUUAUACAACAAUAGCUGGUCUCUCAUACAUGGGUGAUUUUAGAAUGACUGUUGGAGAAGAUAAGAAUAAAGUAUCUAAUAUUGUCAAGCCAAAUCUUCUCAAUUUUCAACAUUUAUAUGGUCCUGUGUUAAAGCCAUUAAAGUUUAUUGAAUGGAACAAAGAAAAUAAUACAUUCCAGCAAGAUAAAAAUCCACAAUGUAUCCUCUCAUUAAUGUAUCAACUUCCUAAGAAUGUGCAAGACACCAUUAUGAAGAAUAUCAGCAGGAAACAUGAAGACAUGGAAGAAGUAUUUCAAAAAUUAGCUUAUAGUGGUCUCGCUAAGGAUGCAGUCAUAGAAGGUGUUCAACAGAUUGUGAAAUCAUCAAGCUGGAGUCAAAGUCUAAAGGGAAUUCUAACAGCUGGUGUUGUAAAGAGUGUGAGAUAUGGUGGUGAGAAACUAAAGAAAAUGUUGAAAGGCUGGAAGAAGAAAUGA